AUGGCAUCAGAGAAUGAGACCAAACUCUUGGAAGCCAAGUGCUUCUGUGGUUCUGUGCACUUCACCGUUGAAGUUCCCAUUGUCGCACUUCCCCUGCCAGUUCAUCUUUGCCAUUGCACGGUGUGUCGUUAUCGCUCUGGUGCGCCAUGUGUAUUCCACACCAACCUGCCAAAAGAGGCACCCAUGAAGUUCAUAUCGCCUUCUGUAGAGGCAAAUAUGACAGUCUAUACUUUCGAAGAGCGCGUAUCGGCUUGGAAUUUCUGCUCAACAUGUGGAUGUCACAUCACCUCUGUGGAUCGUGACGAUGGUCACUGGACCGUUUCGACAUCCAUCUUCAAGGACCACGGACCUGAGAAUUUCCAGGUCAAGCGGCACAUCUACAGCGAUUCGACGUUCGACCGUGGGCUUCCUACCAUCAUACCCCAAGUCGAUGGGCUCCAACUUGAGGACUGGAACCCUCCUCACGAUGAUCCAAGCUCCGAGACUUUAGUCCCGAAGCUUGAGCACGACGCAAAUGGCGGGGAGCGGCUGCGAGCUGAGUGUCACUGUGGCGGCGUGUCAUUCACCAUCGGUCGACCAACUAAGGACGUGCUCGAGGACGCACAGCUCAAAGACUUUGUCUCCCCUCUCGAUCAGACGAAAUGGAUGGCACUGUAUGACGCUUGUGAUGACUGCAGGCUCCUCAAUGGAACCCAUCUCGUGGGAUGGGCCUUUAUCCCCCUCUCCGCAUGCGACCCUCCCAUCGCGAGAGAUCUGAAGAUAGGUACCGCAAAAACGUACCAGAGCUCACCAAAUGUCCUGCGUUCAUUCUGUGGAACUUGCGGCGCGACCGUCUUCUACACGUGCGACGAGCGCUGCCCACCAGGGGGGGAGUCAGUCGUCGAUCUCGCGACCGGAAUCCUGCGGGCCACUGAAGGUUCAAUGGCUGAGAGAUGGUUAACUUGGCGAUCGAACCCUGCUUGGCUGCCGUCUGGGAAGCAGUAUCAUCGCGCUUUCAGUGAGGCUUUGGAACAGGGAAUGAAAGGUGUAGCCGCCAUCUUCCAUUCGAUGGUAACACCUCAAAAACGAACGCUUGCGCCUGGUGUAGGGUUUGCGUCCAUCCUUUAUCGUCGCCAAUACAUUCGAUGCAUGGCUUCGUCCGCUCGCUCAUACAACGCUGCAUCCAUGCACCCCUGCGCAACCUAUGCGAAACCACUAAUAACGAUACAGAAUGCGAUCGACUCGCUCAAUUCCCUCCAAACCUCUCAUGCGGCUUUUAAAGCGCGGAUAAAGGCUGGCAUAAAGCCCGAUGCAUCCUCAAUCGCAGAGAUGAAGACAUAUAUACGCCGUCUUGGCUAUACAACGUCUGAUCUCGAUCGUUUAAACAUCAUUCAUGUCGCUGGCACCAAGGGAAAGGGCACUACAUGCGCCUUUGUUGAUUCUAUUCUAUCCCGCUAUCGGACUACACAUGGAGUUCCUCGGAAGACGGGGCUCUUCAUCUCCCCUCACCUAGUCUCGGUGCGGGAGCGGAUACGUAUCAAUUCCGCCCCGAUACCUGAGGCUCUGUUUGCGAGGUAUUUCUUCGAUGUAUGGGACCGUUUAGGAUCGGCAGCCGAAGAAGUUGGCGUUGAGCAAGCCAAUCAGGAAAAUGGCUCUCCUCUGGAUAUCAGGCCUACAUACGCUCGCUUUCUGACACUCAUGAGCUGGCACGUCUUCUUGCAAGAAGGCGUCGAUGUAGCAGUUUAUGAAACAGGGAUUGGUGGCGAGUUUGACGCGACAAACGUGGUUGAGCGGCCGGUGGCCACCGGUAUCAGCAGCUUGGGAAUUGAUCAUAUUUUUGCACUCGGAGACACCAUCGACAAAAUUGCGUGGCACAAGGCGGGGAUCAUGAAGACAGGUUCCCCGGCUUUCACCAUUGAACAAGUUCCGGCUGCUCAAAGAGUUCUCCAAGAGAGAGCAGACGAGAAAGGUGUGGAUUUGCAAACUCUCAAAAUCGACCCUCGGCUUCGAGAUGUGCGAAUACGUCCAGAUGCCGAGUUCCAGAAGAAAAAUGCAACGCUUGCGACUGCCCUGGCGGAGACUGCCUUGACACGACUCGGGGUCUUGACACCGCGCCAGGAUGUUCUGCCCGAUGAGUUCCGAAAAGCACUCGAGGGCACUAUGUUCCGCGGACGUUGUGAAAUCAAAGCUGAAGACCAAGUGGUUUGGCAUCUGGAUGGUGCACAUACGGCCGACAGCCUUACGCUCGCUUCCAAAUGGUUCGCUAAUGAGACGUCUGGACAAAUCGGACCGCGAGUCUUGGUGUUUAACCAACUAGGCCGGGUCGAGGCCAUCGACUUCCUAAAUCUGAUUUUCGCUGCCAACAAACAAGAGAAUGGCCCGCCAUUUAGCCAUGUUAUAUUCUGUACAAAUAUCACACACGCCCAAACCGGUUACAAACGCGAUUUCGUUAAUAACCAAUAUGAUACCAAGGAGAUUGAGUCUCUGGCAGUGCAGAGGAGAUUUGCUGAGAGAUGGUCGUCUCUGGAUCCUGACGCUUCGGUUGUAGUUUUACCAACUAUCGAGCAGGCUCUUACUCACGUCCGAGAACUUGGAGUUACACUGCCAACUAAAGAUGAAAAGAUUCAAGCUUUUGUCACCGGUAGCUUGCAUUUGGUUGGUGGUGCGCUGGGCAUAUUAGAGAAUGCCGAUGCUCUUUAG